AUGAAACAUCGCAAUAACACUAACAAUUUGAAUCCUACAAUUGCAUCAGGAAGCAUUGGAAUUUCUAGUAGUAGUGGAAGUAGAAAGAGUUUUAAAGUAAAUGUGCCUAAACCAGUUAACCUUCCAAUAUCAUCCAGUGCUUCUGUAAACACAUCUGGUAGCAGUUUUAAUGGAACUCCCAAUACUGUUUCAACAGGAUCUGCUACUUCUGGAACAAGCAUUGCAUCAUCUGUGUCGUCGAAUGUUUCCAGUAAUACAUCAUCAACUAGUAAUGCUUGGGCCAGUAAAACAUUUCCAUUGCUUCAAUCAAACACAUCAGAAUCAUCACAUCAAUCUGCAGAUCCAAGUAUUCCUCAUCAAAUCGAAACCAAGGUUGUUAACACUCCUCUUUCCCUCCCUGUACGAUCCACUAGAACACCAGUAAUAUCCUCUCCUGCUCGAAAUGAUGACGAUGAUGAAAUUAUUACAAGUAAUCGCAAAGGCUCCUCAACAAAUGCUACAACUCCUUCUGAUUCUGAACCCCGCUCGGAUAAGAAAUCAACACCACAAAUAUUACCUGGGGAUAGUAACUGGAGCGAGAUAUCUGAUGACGAUGAAAUUUACGACAAGGAGUUGGAGGAACUCAUUGAAAAGGAAAACAAAUCAUCAGCUACGCCUCCGGUAAAGUCGAAAAAACAAAAGUAUCUGGAAAAGAAAAAACUAUUACGUGAACAGGAGAGAUUGAAUGCUGAGAAGCAAAAUGCAUCAGUUACUUCAACUCCAAAAUCAGAUUCUGAAUCGUCAACUAAGGCCAUUAUCACUUCUCCAUCAGUCCAAAAUGAUUCCCCACCUCCUUCACCUCCAUCACUUUCAACAGAGUCACAAAACCAAAAAUUCUUUUCUCAAUCACCUCCUCAGCCAAACAAUCCUUCUACAUCGAUUUCUUCAUUACAAUCAUUUCCUCCAAUGUCAUCUAGUGUUGUAACACCACCAGUACAAGACACCCACAAACCAAGUACUAUUCCUUCCUUUUUCUCAACAUCUCGACCUUCAAACACAACACAACCAUCACGAACCUCUCAUACUCAUCAGCCGCGAGCGUCACCUCGUAAGGAGAUUCCAAAAGAAGAAAUUAUUAAAAGUAUUUUAGAACAAGAAGCAACGAUGAACGAAGCAGCUGAAAGAAGAAGAAAAGAGAAAAUGGAAGAAGAAGAAAGAUUGGAACGAGAGAGAAAAGAAAAAGCCCAAGCCAAACUUCUUGAACUUGAAAGAAAACUACAAGCCAAGAAGGCUCUCCAACAACCGGCCGAGACUGAUUCACAAAAACCAACUAUAACACCUAAUGCAAAUGAAUCACAGCCUCAACCAUCUUCACCUUCUUCACCUCAGCCUUCUUCACCUCAGCCCCAUCAACAACAAUAUGGAGAGGUGAAAAUUCUUAAAUCUAAUAGAGCAAAUCAACAACAUGGGAGAGGAGGAAUUCGCCAACAUAGAAACACCGACACAUCUAGCUCAACAAAUCAAAACUUUUCGAAAGAGGAGAAACAACCUCCAACCAAUCCUACGGAACUUGAUAACAAUUGGAGAGACUCAUCUGUGAAGAUUCCUAAUGCAUUUGUUGAAUCCUUCCAAAAAUCUAAAAAACCAGAAGUUGAACAUGUUCCUCAUGCUACACGCGAAAAGCAUCAUGAAGGAGAAGUCACACGUCAUGCAGGUGUUGGAAGAGGCUCAAAUGUUAACAAAGAGCCAACCAGAGGAGGCCAUGCGAGAGGCAGAGGAAAUUAUCAUAAUGCAAACGGUCACCAUUCUCGCCAUAACAACAAGAACGAUCAGGAGAAAGUUGGUAAUGCAAGCUCACAAAAUGAAAUUACAGAAAAAUCAAAUCAGCUUGCUACUAUUGAUCUUAGCAACGUUCUCAAAAAUAUUAAUCCUAAUGAAGCAAAGAUUUCCUUCGGAUUAUUUGCUGAUGAUUCUAAACCCGCUGUUAAAGCACUAAGCAAUGAACAUGUUAUUCAACAGCCUCCAUCAGCAUCAUUAUCAGCUCAAAAUAGUCAGAUGGAUGUUGCCCCUUCCCAAAUGAACACAGAAAAUAUUUCACACGACAAUAACAACGGAAAACCAUUUAAACCAAGAAGGGAAAGACCUUAUUCACAACCAUCAGCACUACCAACAAGUGGCCACAGACCUUCUCCAAGUCAACACCACCACCACCAUGGUCGCAGCGGAUACAAUAAUAGACACAAUAGCGAGGAUGCAGCCUCUGUACCCUUCAGGAAAGUUCACGAUUCAAACACAGCGACCAUCAGUCAACACCAUAAGGAGACUGAACAUCAACAACCUCAAUCCAAUGGAGAAGCUCCUCCUCAUCGACCAUCCACAACUUCCAACAUUGCAUCUGCUGAACAAGAAGGUGAUCACUCUGAUGCAUCAAGACCUUCAUCCUCAAGAAAUCCAAAAGACUACAAGAGAGGUCAACAUACUCCUCAUUCCAACAACCCACACUACCAUCCAGCCUCAAGAACUUACAACAAUGGCCAACAUAAUUAUGAAAAGCCACACAGUAACAGACCUAGGGGCUCAAACUCCCGAGGUGGCUUCCAUGGAAAUGCAAGAAAUCCAACUCUCUUUGUCAAAGUUGUUGACAGUUCCAACAACACCUCACCCCGCCAAUAA